AUGGAGGCAGUGAAGAAAUGGAGGGCAGACUGGAGGUAUCCAACUACUCUGCUGUGCAUGUACGGAUUCUUCAGUACAGUGAAACCUCUGGAACCUUUUCUCAUCCCAUACUUGACAGGACCGGACAAGAACCUGACAGCAGAACAGGUAAAGAGAAGAUCUGGAGCUAAAUGGCAUGAACAAAAUUGAAAUGGAAAACAUAAUCAGCCACAAAGACAAGAAUUGACUGUUUUAAAGCUGUUUGAUUACUUCCGCUUAGUCUUAAAUGCUUAUUUAUCUCAACAUUUUUGUACUUACCGAAAUAAAGCCAUGUUAUACAGCUAAAAAGCGACACAGCCUUGAUAACUCGAGAGGUAGAAACAUCACCUCAUGGUUGUAAAACCUUUUAUUUAUUACCAUUAAGCAAUAAAGUUCCUAUCUAACAUGCAAUUUCUUUUAUUACCCUUUUAUUCAUCUGGGAUGUUUCCUCAUCAGGUUAACAAUCAAAUUUUUCCAGUGUGGACAUAUUCUUACUUAUCUGUGCUGGUGCCAGUGUUCCUUCUGACUGACUGGCUGCGUUACAAGCCAGUGGUGGUGUUCCAGUGUGUCACCCUCUUCAUCACCACAGCAAUGAUACUCUGGACGAGAACCGUACCAGCCUUGCAAGCCAUGCAGUUCUUUUACGGGGUAGUGACAGCCAGUGAGGUGGCCUAUUUCUCCUACAUCUACAGGUCAUGUACAGGAAACCAGUACUAGCAGGUGUCGAUAUUUUUUACUCAGUGCUUAUAAAACAGGCAUGAUAUUUUGAAUAUGUUGUUUGUUACAGUGUGGUAGAUCUGAAGAGGUACCGGAAGGCCACCUCAUACUGCCGCAGCGUCCAGCUCCUGGGGUACACAGUAGGCUCUGUUCUGGGUCAGCUGUUUGUCAGCUUCAACCUCAUGUCCUACAACAACAUCUUGGUAUUUACUCUAGUUCUCACUGCCAUUGCUCUCCUGUUUUCUUGCCUCCUGCCGAUGCCACAGCAGAGCAUGUUCUUUCACCGCAGACAGAAAACUGUGACAGAGGAGGCAAAGGGGCAUGAGCAAGUAACAGGGGAUACAAAAGAGCAUGUGAGCCAAUCGAAGAAAGGAGAAACAGAGGAUGAAAAAGAGCCUGAGGAUGAGGCACCUGUUUCUGAGAGCUGCGGCAAAGUCCUCUUCCAGCUGUGGAGGGACUUCCGCCUGUGCUUUUCCUCCAGACAGCUGCUCUACUGGUCAGUGUGGUGGGCAAUGGCGACCUGCGGCUAUAACCAGACAGUGAACUAUGUGCAAGUCAGUAAAGAUGGCAACACAGACAAAAUUGGAGUGACAAGAAAUAAUAGCUUCAGCUAAACUGUCCUCUGCAACACACCCUAAAGGUGCUGUGGGAGCAUGUGCAGCCAUCUCAGAACUUCAGCAUCUACAAUGGAGGCGUGGAGGCCGUGUCAAACCUUUUAGGUGAGCAACCGUUAAAAUGGUUUAAAUGAGGACUGUGAAUGGUGAAAGGCUCAGUGUUCAUAAUACUACCAUUAUCCAAAAGUGUAUUCCAGACAUAGUCUAUGUAUUUCACUAGCAUUUGAUGAAAAGCAUCCAAUUUAUGUGCUCAAUGUAUAUGAAAUUGUUACCUGAACUUUGAUAAUCCAAAGUCUAUGUGUGUUGCAGGUGCGGCCACAGCCUAUGGUAUAGGUUUCACUGAGGUGAGAUGGGAGCAGUGGGGAGAGCUGGCCCUGGGUGGUUUCUCUGGACUUGGGGCAGCUACACUCUUCAUCAUGACCUUCCUCGACAACAUCUGGGUUUGCUACAUCUGUUACAUCAUAUUCAAAUGCCUGUACAUGCUGCUGAUAACAAUAGCCAUGUAAGAGCUCCUUCUAGACCUAUAUGAAGAGUGAUCUUAAUGAGGGAAGAGCGAGAAGAAAUUAACUUGUAGUUUCUCCUAGGUACCAGAUUGCAGCCAACCUGUCAAUGGAGAGAUAUGCACUGGUCUUCGGCAUCAAUAACUUUGGCGCACUGGUUCUACAGACAAUCAUCACUUCUAUUGUGGUUGACAGUGGGGCGCUGGGCCUGAGCAUCAUUCCUCAGGUGAGCCGUCUGGUUAGAAAAGACCAGGUUCUCUGUAGAGGCAGCAGAAGAGUGUUUAUGUCCAUCCAACACUAAUGUAAAUGUGUUUCAAACUGUGGUUGUUUUGCAGUUCACCAUAUGCGCCAGCUACUUCUCCUUCAUCGCUCUCAUAUUUUCACUCCGAGGACUCUUUACCAUUUGGAGAACACGGAGCAGUCGCAAAAACUCCACCUCUUCACACAAAAAUGAACCUCCAGACUAUGAAGAACACAGAUUCUGA